ACUCCUAGGUUAUGGCAGCGCCCCUCUAGCCCGGGCUGUAAUCCUGCGCGGGGCCCGACAGCGGCCCACAGACACGGUCACAGAGAAGUUACAUGCCGCCGGGGCAGACGGCACCCGCCCGCCGCAGUGCAAUUCUCACGUCUGUUGCACGGAACGUCUGAACAAGGAACCUGCGUCCGAUCCGCUAUGUUUCCGGUCGGCUCCUUUUCGAUGUAGCACAGCAGCGGGCGGAGCGCUUUCCGGGUGACCCUGCUGCGGCUGUCAAGGGCCGAGCUCCGGUUCAUCAUGGCGACGGUGGAGGAGGGCGGAUGGACGUACUGAUGACAGUCCGUAAGAUCGCCUCGAUCUGUACGAUGGGCACCAAUGCCUCAACAUUGGAAAAAGAAAUCGGCCCAGAGCAAUUUCCUGUAAAUGAACAUUAUUUUGGACUGGUCAAUUUCGGCAACACUUGCUACUGCAACUCUGUUCUACAAGCACUUUAUUUUUGUCGUCCGUUUCGGGAAAAAGUUCUGGCAUACAAGGUCCAGCCACGGAAGAAGGAAAGCUUACUCACAUGCUUGGCGGACCUGUUUAACAGCAUUGCCACGCAAAAGAAGAAAGUGGGGGUCAUACCUCCCAAGAAAUUCAUCUCCAGAUUGAGGAAAGAAAAUGAACUGUUUGACAACUACAUGCAGCAGGAUGCCCAUGAGUUCUUAAACUACCUUCUCAACACUAUUGCUGACCUGCUGCAAGAAGAAAAGAAACAGGAGAACCAGAAUGGCAAGCUGCAGAACGGGAGCUUAGAUCUUCAGGAGCCCGAUAAGCCCGACCUCACCUGGGUUCAUGAGAUCUUCCAGGGGACUUUAACCAAUGAAACCAGAUGUCUUAACUGUGAAACUGUUAGUAGCAAAGAUGAAGAUUUCUUGGAUCUCUCAGUGGAUGUGGAGCAGAAUACUUCCAUUACACACUGCUUAAGGGGGUUCAGUAAUACAGAAACACUAUGCAGUGAAUACAAAUAUUACUGUGAGCAGUGUCGAAGCAAACAGGAAGGACAGAAGAGGAUGAGAGUGAAGAAGUUGCCUAUGAUAUUAGCCCUGCACUUGAAACGGUUUAAGUACAUGGACCAGCUGCACCGAUAUACCAAACUUUCCUACCGCGUGGUGUUUCCACUUGAGCUUCGGCUCUUCAACACUUCCGGGGAUGCCACUAACCCUGAGCGAAUGUAUGACCUCGUAGCGGUGGUUGUUCACUGUGGGAGUGGCCCAAACCGUGGACACUACAUCACCAUUGUAAAGAGUCAUGGAUUCUGGCUGCUGUUUGAUGAUGACAUUGUAGAGAAAAUUGACGCCCAAGCCAUUGAAGAGUUCUACGGUUUAACAUCAGACAUUUCCAAAAACUCUGAAUCGGGAUAUAUCCUGUUCUACCAAUCAAGAGACUAAAUCCCAUGGUUGGGUUAAAGUAAAUUCCUAUUUGUGAACUGUUGGACAGUGAAUAAGGGAUCAAAGUCCUGUAUUGACUACAGAGGAGAUGCUCAUGACUGCUGCCACAAAUAUCUGCUUUCAGUUCCCGGAUGGACCGUUUCACAUUCAGCUCUUAUUGCUAUCAGCCGUACAAAGUGGAUCUUUUGCAAUAAGCCACUUCAGUCUGUUUUCUCAUAACCAGGUGCAGGUUUUUCCAUUUUCCUAAAAAGUUGUAUACUGAAGUGACCCUUGAAAGAACAGGGACCACGGCUGAGACCCAAUCUAAGAAGAUAGCACUUUGUAAGACAGAUCAGCUGUUGUUUGGUGCUCAGUUCAUCAAAUGUUUUAACAUUUGAGAAAUCUGAUUUCAUUAGCAAUCCUUGAAUCAUAUUACGUACAUAUCCUAUAACCACGACUGUACCUGCACCAUCUUCGGUGUUUCCUACCUUCCAUUUUUUUGCUUUAACACUCCUUGUAGUGAGUGUUAAGAGGCUGCUGUUCUGCACACUAAGUAAUGGGAUCACUUGUUAUCUUUUAUUUUUGUUAUUUAAUUUUUCUUUCAAUGUCUUUUGGAAUAUUAGCACCUUUUCUAAUUGUUCAAGUUGGCCUCUGAAAAUACUACUGCAGAGAUGGGUAUAGUCUGAAAAGAGGGCAAAACUUUUGGAAAGUUUCUGCCUGCAAUCAUGAACUCAUUUCAGGACCUAGUCACAAGCUGCGAUAAAUAUAGUGGUUUGCCAGGGUAACUUACCUAGUUUUGAGCCAGUUUAUUGCAUCUGUCAUUUGGUCCUGAAAAGUGUUUACUGCUGGAUUCCAGAGUCCUUGCUCUCUAGGCUUUUUGCUAUUGUUUUCCAAAAAACUCAGUUAUAAGAGGUGAUGAAGGUUUAUAGUGUAAAAUCCCAUAAAUAAAGUAACCCAUUUAUCCUUA